AAGCAACUUGGGCAAGCAAGCAUGAUUUGUGGGCGAUUGUGCACACGCACACAUUUCUCUUUCUUAUCUUCAUCAAAACUCAAGUCUCCUCCCAUUUCACGAGGCUUCAACUUCAGUCUCCGCCGCAGCUCAUCCUCACCGUCCAUUUCUCCGAUCAAAAUGUCAACCAAUUCACAAAUCAUCGAACACAUAGUCCUCUUCAAAGUCAAACCCGACACCGAUCCAUCCAAAAUCGCAUCCAUGAUCGACGGUCUCAAUUCUCUCACCUCACUCGAUCAAGUCGUCCAUUUAUCCGCUGGUGCACUGCACCGCACCAGAUCCUCGUCUCUCUCUUUCACUCACAUGCUUCACAGCCGUUACAAUUCCAAACAAGACCUUCAAGCUUAUUCUGCGCACCCUGCGCAUGUUAGCGUGGUUACCGAGUGUGUUAAGCCCAUCGCCGAGGACAUCAUGGCCGUUGAUUGGAUUGGUAGUGAUUUGACUGGACCGGUGGCCUUGCCGGCCGGCUCGGCGAUACGAUUGACUUUUUUGAAACUCAAACCAGAAUUGGGUGAAAAAGAAAGUGAUCAAGUGUUGGGAGUGAUUGGAGGAAUAAAGGAUAAGUUUCCGGUGAUUGAUCAGAUUACGUUUGGUAAAAACUUUUCGCCUGAUCGAGCCAAAGGCUAUUCGAUUGCUUCGCUAGCUGUGUUUCCUGGUUUGAGUGAAUUGGAUGGAUUGGAUUCCGCGGGAGCCGAGUUGGAGAAGGAGAAAGCUAGGGAUAUGUUGGAGAGUGUGUUGGUGCUUGAUUAUGUUAUUCAGCCGCAGCUGCAGUCGGCUAGUCUUUGAUGAUUAAGGUGUUUCUGAAUCUUAUGAACUGUCUGUUUUUGUCGUUAUGAAUAAUGAUACAAUGCUAAUUGGAAUUUGCUACUUCAAUUGGGAAA